UAUUGAAUCCCCCAACAAGCUUAGACUCUCGUUUUAUCAGCAGAAGCAACCAACAUUACCAGAAAACAUGUCCCUUUAGAAGGCAACAGCCCCAUCAACUUGUCUCUCAAUCUCAAUUUCUUCCCCUCCCACACACUCCAAACCCAUUUUAAAUUUCCUCUCUCUCUCUCUCUCUCUCUCUCUCUCCACCAAAAGCAUCUAAACAACACCAACGGAGGAUUGAUGGCUCCAUCAAAAAAUUUCACAAAUGGACUAGCAGCUCCUUUUGUAAUUCUCAUCUUUUCAGUGAUGCUUCUUCCCUCCAAACCAGUUGGGCUUGUUCUUUCCAAGUCCGAUGAGAUUUUCGAGCAAAGGAAGCAUGUCUUGGGCUCAAGGCCUCCUUUGUGUGUGAACAAGUGCUGGAGUUGUAGGCCUUGCAUGGCUACUUUGGUAAUUCCACCGCAUAUGAAGAGCACUAAAGCAAUAUCAGAGCAGGAAGAUGAGAGCUAUUAUCUUCUCUCAUGGAAAUGCAGAUGUGGGAAUAAGUUCUUCCAGCCUUGAUAUAUUUGUAAUUUAUGUAUGUGUGGUGAUAUUUAUAUGGUAAGGGGAUUUGGUUUGUCCAAAGAUGAAAGAGUCUGAUGUGUGUGACCAAAGAUGUAUGUUGAGUAGCUAUGAAUCAUUCAAGAAUGUUAGCAGAUUUCCAAGUGUAAUUGGGCCCCUUUUGAGAGGAAAUAUAUAUAUGAUUUUUCUGUGAGUUCAUGAGGA